AUGUCCAAGAACGAACCCAAGUUCAAAUCCGAGAUUCAGCGGAUGAUGUAUAUCGCCGGCGAAACCCAGGACCCCUCGGUCGAGACGAUCGCUGUAGUUGAAGAAAUCAUUCGAGACCAAGUUGUCUUAAUGCUAACCACUGCCAACGAACUUGCAUCCAGCCGCGGCGCGCGCUUCAUCUCUAAUGCAGACCUAUUCUUCCAGAUCCGACAUGACCAAGUGAGGCUGGGAAGACUCAUGAACCUUCUCCGAUGGAACAGGCUCCGCCUCAAGAGCAAAGCGGAAAGUGACAAGGGAGAUGCGGAACUCGCAGCAGUCCAGGAUCUGGCGGAGGUCCUCGAAGUCCCUCUGCCCGAGGUUGAAGAGCCAGAGGGUCUACUUUCUGGAUCUAACCAGGCGACUGUCGAAAGGCUCCGUCGCGCAGACCGGAUAACAAGAAGGAUGACUGCAAAGGAGUAUACGAGAUGGGCCGAGUCCCGCCGCCGGGCAUCCUUCAGCUAUCGCAAAAAACAGAAAUUCCGCGAAUGGUCUGGCCUAGGCGUCAUAGCCGAAACCGAGCCCAAGCACGACUGUCUGGACAUCCUCAGCUUCCUGGCAUGUGACAUGGUAGAGAGGUUGACCGAGAUGGCCCUGGCCAUUCAGGAGAACGAGCUGCAGCGGAAGGAUGGAGGAUCCAAGUCUUCGGUGAACAAAGUCCACGAGGGGCUUUUUACGACUGACGAUACUGAGAGAGAAGCUGUUGGUGUUGAACACGUGAGACAGGCUUUCCAGGUCACGCAGUUGAAGGCCCAGAAGAAGCGGCCAAGGCUGCACGGGGGCUCGGAGAAGGGUGGGCUACAAUUGAUCUAG